CAUUUUCGUUGUUGGUGUUUGUGUUGCACGUUGUGCCGACGUUUUUCGUGUGACAGCCGCGCGUUUUGCCGACGCGUUUUUAAUCGCCCGUAGAAAAGAGUUUGGAGCUAAGCCGUAAGGAUACAGCCAGGAUGUGCUGAGUGGCCAAAGGAAAAUACACCUAGAGAUGCCGCAAAGAACUCCCAGUCCCGCUAACUCUGAUGUUUCGGUGGGUUCGCCCAGUCCACCGCCUCUGAGAUCGUUGAAUAUGAAACGAUUGCGGCUUUUGAGGAGUCCUAUUAGCCUGGAACAUGACCGCCAAAAGUCAUCACCCGUCAGGGUCAAGAGCUUUUCCAUUGCCGAUAUCCUGGGGCGAGGGCAUGAAGAGGAUCGUGUGGAGAAGAAGCCGGAGAGAAUUGCCAUUCCCAAUGCUUUACCAGGAGUACCUGCUCCAUUGGCUCUGAUCAACGAAAGAUUGCAAAUACCCUUGGUGCCGAAUUGCCCUCCGCCGGCUGCACUACAUACAUUUUUAUCGCCCGCUUUGCUCCACAGCUAUGAGCAGCGACUGGCCUGGGACUACCAGCGCCAGCUCCAGGAGCACUUCCAGGCACAGGCGCAACUCCUCCGGCAGAUGACCCUGAAUCCCGCGAUCAUUGCCUCCGAGGACGGCAGUUCAGAGCGUUCCCAGCGAUCAAGCAGCAGCAAUGGCAGCACCGAAUGCUGCAGUCCCACCCAGGCGGAAAAAGUGGAAAAACGUUCCCAAGAGGACAGAAUGGAGGUUCCUAAGAAGUCGCCCGAGGAACAACCAAAGGGGGCCAGCAAAUCAAGUGGAGACACUCCCUUGGAUGCCCUCUUCCAGCUGUCCACCAAAAACUUUGACGAAGAGCAGGAUCCCGCCACGUUGAACAUAUUUGCCACGCGUUCCAAUCCCAAGAAGAAACGCAAGUCCCGCACCGCAUUCACCAACCAGCAGAUCUUCGAGCUGGAGAAGCGCUUCCUCUACCAAAAAUACCUAUCGCCAGCGGAUCGCGACGAAAUCGCCGGCGGCUUGGGCCUCUCCAACGCACAGGUCAUCACUUGGUUCCAAAACCGAAGGGCCAAACUUAAGCGUGACAUGGAGGAGCUGAAGAAGGACGUGCAGUGCGAGAAAAUGUCAGCGAACCAAAGCUUUUUAAAGAACGUUAAUGACUUGACUAUUUUAAAGACCCGACCAGUCAGCAGAUCCCAAUCGCUCGCACCACAACCACCCACAUUACCACCAGCAACACCAGCACUACGCACACAUGCAGAGCAUAGGAUCGGAUAGGGAUAUGGAUAAGGAUAGGUGUCGGGAGAAGGAGAAGGAUAAGGACAAAGAGGAGCUGCGCAUGCUAAAGCUCAUGACCCUGAUGCGCUAUUCCGAUGGCAAGUUGCUAUAUCAGCAGCCACCGGCAUCGUAUUUGCCCAUUCCCCACAGGCAAAACGCUGAUUAGCCUAAUUUGUAAACUAUUGAAAAUAACGCUUUUAAAUGCAUAUAUUUUGCCAAAAAAUAAACCCGCUUAGUUUGAGAAAAAAUGGCGAAGCUCUUUUGGUUAAAUUGAUUCAAGUAUUACACUUCAACUCCUAUGUAUGAAAUUCUGCCUAGAAAAUACAAUUUUUAAAGAUGUGCAUAAUAAAUAAUAAUUCAUGUGCUAAUCUUAAUUUUAACAUAUUUACCGGUAUAUUUUUUCAAUGUGAAGUUUUUACGGAUAAGUUGAUUUCAAUUACGAGUUUAUUCCAUUUGCCCUUUCUAGAAAUCAAUAAAAUUAAAUUAUUCCGUUUCUAAUUUUUAAUGUAAUAUCUGGUUCACUGUAACUAAGAGAGUUAAUAAUCGAACCUAAUAAAUAUUCUUAAAACG